AUGGCAGGGCCCCUUCAGAAUCUCUCUUCCUCCAAGUCAAGUCAUCGUUUGACUCAAAUUGCAAAGCUCAGAGCACGAGGUAUCGGAGACCACAUCAGUCUUCCACAGCUGGUCGUAGCUGGUGAUCAAUCGUCUGGCAAGAGCUCCGUCCUUGAAGGCAUUACAGGCAUACCUUUCCCACGACAAGAAGGUCUCUGCACCAAGUUCCCCACCGAAAUCAUUCUCCAGCAUAGUUCCGAUGCCUCCAGCAUAGUGGCCACAAUCAUUCCUUGCUCAUCGCGUACUUCCCAACACCGAGAAAAGCUCCAAAAGUAUCGUCGAGAGCUCGAGAGUUUCGACGAGCUAGGCGAGAUAAUCACCGAAGUCGGCGCACUCAUGGGUAUCCGAGGCUUUGGCAAUCAGACUGAAGGACCGGCUUUCGCAAAAGACGUCCUUCGCAUUGAGGUUUCUCGACCUGAUGGACUCCAUCUCACCAUUGUCGAUCUGCCCGGUCUGAUCAAGGUGGCAAAUGAUGACCAGAGCAACGAUGAUGUGCAGGCAGUACAGAGCAUGGUGGAUACCUACCUCGCGAACCCUCGCACAAUAAUCCUUGCUGUUGUUCAGGCUACCAACGACAUUGCGAAUCAAGCCAUCAUCCAAAAGUCUCGUAUCUUCGACGAGCGAGGCGAGAGAACAGUCGGCAUCAUCACCAAGCCUGAUCUGAUCAACACUGGUACCGAAGACCGAAUCUCGAAGCUGGCCAAGAAUGAAGAUACUACCAGGUUGAAGCUGGGUUUCUAUCUCGUCAAGAAUCCUUCACCGAAGGAGAUGAAGGAGGGUAUGUCUACGAAGGAUAGAGAAGACAAGGAGAUGAGCUUCUUCAAGUCAAGUCCGUGGAAGCAGCAAGGUCUGAACAAUGAUCGAGUCGGCGUGGUUGCACUUCGGACAUCCCUACAGCAUUUGCUCGAUCAGCAUAUCGAACGUGAGCUCCCGCAGGUCCGGCAAGAAUUGAUUAAGACCAUGGAGCAGCGCGAGAAAGAGUUGAAGGGCUUGGGCGAAGAGCGGCCAACACCAUCCCAACAGCGUGUGUUUCUGAGUCGACUUGCCACGCAGUUCCAACAGCUCUGUCACGCUGGCCUCAACGGUACGUACUCCGACAUCGAUCCCGAUUUCUUCGCUGUGGAUGACGAAGGCAGAUCUCGACGACUUCGUGCCAACAUUCACCAGCUUAACACAGAGUACUCUGACUACAUGAGAGAUCAUGGACAGAAGAGAACGAUUGCACAUGGCGCCAGUCGCGGUUUCAGUCCAGAUGGGGACAGUCUGGAGCACAGUCAGCUUGCCGUGACUCAGGAAGAUAUGUUGACGUGGAUUCAAGAUGUCUACAAUCACACGAAGGGAAAAGAGCUCUCGGGCACCCAUAACCACGUCCUGCUCUCUGAGCUCUUCCACAUUCAAUUGAGUCGAUGGGAAGUGAUCACGCGGCGCCACGUGAAGAUCGUGUACGAGGAGAUCGUGUACUUUGUAACCGGAGCCCUCAGACACGUCACCCAGAACGAUGACGUUUUCCAUCAGCUAGUCAAGAUCGCUACCACCGUUCUCUUGAACCAGAAAGCUGCCGCCAAGGACGAGUUGACGAAAAUCUUCCAGGACGAGAAGCGACAUCCUCAGACAUACAACCACUACUACACCGACAACAUUCAGAAAGAACGCGCUCAGUCUGCACGCAAGACCAUCUCGGACCAUCUCAAUGACGUUGUAGCCAAAGAUUAUGGUGGCCGUCUGCACAUCAGCAACACGACCUUUGAUGUCGAGAAGCUACUGAGUGCGUUGGUCAGUCGUGUCAAUGUCAAUAUGGAUGGUCAAGCUUGCGAAGCAGCUCUCACUGAUCUCAAAGCAUACUACAAGGUUGCGAGGAAGACGCUCGUGGAUAACGUGGUUCGUCAGGUAAUUGAACGCCAUCUACUCUAUCCUCUAGUGGCCAUCUUCGAUCAUGAGACUGUGGCAGGAUGGGAUGACGAGACUCUGAAUCGAAUUGCGGGAGAGAGCGCAGAGAUGUUGGCGAAGCGAGAACAUCUGAAGGGCCUGCUGAGGGAGCUCAAGCAAGGUGUGGAGGACUUGAAGGGGUGA